AUGGCGCCACAGCAGGGUCUAAAAAAGCGGAAAGGUCCUCAGGCUGAGCCUGAAUCCGACGAUGAGCUGAACCAGGUCGCUUUGGAGGGCGUCCUGUCAGAGGGCGAGGACGAUUCCGACUUUGAAGGCUCUGAAGGGUCUGAUACCGACAACGACAGCGCCGAGUUUGACGGACUCGAAGGCAGCGAUGUCGAAGAGGACGAGGACGAGGAUGAUGGUUUCCUGAGUGAAGACAUUCCUUCAGACGGCGAGGAUGCGCGCAAGGACGGCAAGAUUGCCGCCGGCGACGACGAAGAUGAGGGGCCCAGCUAUCGCAUCGUCACCGAUGCCAAUGGCGGUGUCCGCUACGAGUACGACGAGAUUGAUCCCGUCUACGACUCGGACGACUCGGACGCCCAGGGCCCCGCCAACACCAUUGGCGACAUUCCCCUGUCCUUCUACGAUUCCUACCCUCACAUCGGCUACGACAUCAACGGCAAGAAGAUCAUGCGCCCGGCCACCGGCGAGGCUCUCGACGCCCUGCUCGACAGCAUUGAGAUCCCCAAGGGCUGGACCGGCCUGACAGAUCCCGAGACGGGCAAGCCUCUCAACCUGACCCAGGACCAGCUCGAGCUGCUGCGCAAGAUCCAGAUGAACGAAGUUCCCGAAGAUGGCUACGAUCCCUACCCUGACACGGUCGAGUACUUCACGAGCAUCGAGGAGAAGAUGCCCCUGAGCGCUGCGCCCGAGCCAAAGCGUCGCUUCGUCCCCUCGAAGCACGAGGCCAAGAGGGUCGCCAAGCUCGUCCGCGCCAUCAAGGAGGGCCGCAUCCUGCCAUACAAGCCGCAAGAGGAGAGGGAGAGGGAGGAGGAGGAGAAGGAGGAGACAUACUACGACAUCUGGGCCAACGAGGAGCCCCAACCCUUCAACGUCAUGAACAUCCCUGCGCCCAAGCUGCCACCCCCGGGCUACGACCUCAGCUACAACCCCCCACCCGAGUACCUGCCCACACAGGCCGAGAAGGAGGAGUGGCUGAAGCAAGAUCCCGAGGAGAGGGAGAAGGAGUACAUGCCCGCCAAGUUUGACUCGCUGCGCAAGGUCCCCGCGUACGGCGAGCUCGUCAAGGAGCGUUUCAACCGUUGCCUCGAUCUCUACCUCGCGCCCCGCAUGCGCAAGAACAGGCUCAAUAUCGACCCGGCGUCACUGCUCCCCAAGCUGCCCCGCCCCGAGGAAUUACGUCCCUUCCCCACGGCGUGCCAAACCAUCUUCCGCGGCCACGAGGGCCGCGUGCGCUCGCUCGCCGUCAGCCCCGACGGCGAGUGGCUCGCGAGCGGCGGCGACGACUGCACCGUCCGCCUGUGGCACCUGCGCACCGGUCGCCAGGAGUGGAUGGCCAAGAUCAGCCUCGACGAGGCCGUCAACGCCGUCCGCUGGCGCCCUUCCAAGGAGACGUUCAUUCUGGCGGCGGCGGCCGGCGAGGACAUCUUCCUCAUCGUGCCCCCGCGCGGUGCCGACGGCAUCGACAAGGCCAGCCGCGACAUCAUCGACGCCGGCUUCGGCUACGCCACCAACGGCGCGCAACCCUCGGCGACAGGCACGACCAAGGAGCCGCCGGCCAAGUGGACGCGGCCCGGCGCCAAGCUCGAGGACCAGGGCGUGCUCCUCAAGGUGACGGUGCGCGCCGUCGUCAAGGUCAUUAGCUGGCAGCGCCGCGGCGACUACUUCAGCACCGUGUCGCCGACAGGCCAGCGCAGCUCGGUGGCGAUCCACACGCUCUCGAAGCACCUCACGCAGAUCCCGUUCAAGAAGUUCCAGGGCCUCGUGCAGACGGCGCACUGGCACCCGUCCAAGCCCCUGCUCUUCGUGGCGACGCAGCGCAAGAUUCGCUGCUACGACCUGCAAAAGGUCGAGCUCGUCAAGAUGCUGCAGCCCGGCGCGCGCUGGAUCUCCUCGUUCGACGUGCACCCCGGCGGCGACAACAUCAUUGUCGGCUCCUACGACAGGCGCCUGCUGUGGCACGACCUCGACCUCUCGACGCGCCCCUACAAGACGAUGCGCUUCCACCCCGAGGCCAUCCGCGCCGUGCGCUUUCACCGCGGCGGCCUGCCGCUGUUCGCCGACGCCUCCGAUGACGGCAGCCUGCAGAUCUUCCACGGCAAGGUCGUCAGCGACCUCAUGGAGAACCCCACCAUUGUGCCCGUCAAGAUGCUCAAGGGCCACAAGGUCGUCGCCAAGCUCGGCGUCAUGGACGUCGACUGGCACCCCACCGAGCCGUGGUGCGUGUCCGCCGGCGCCGACGGCACGUGUAUGCUUUGGACGUAG